GGCCCCGCCCGUUCCGGCGCGCGCGGCCCGCGUGUCCCCGCGCGGCCCUGAGAGCGGGAGCGACCCCCGGGCCGGGCCCUCGGAGCCGCCGGGGCCAUGUCGGCCGCCUUCAGGAAAGCCGCCAAGGCGCGGCAGCGCCCGCACCGCGAGCGGGCCCAGCCCGCCGCUCGGACGAAGCUGGGCUUGCUGGAGAAGAAAAAGGACUACCGGCUCCGCGCGCAUGACUACCACAAGAAGCAGAAUGCUCUCAGAGCGCUGCAGAAGAAAGCUCUGGACAAGAACCCUGAUGAGUUCUACUUCAAAAUGAUACGUGCAGAGCUCAAAGAUGGAGUCCAUGUAAUAAAGCAGCCAAAGGAUGAAGUGACCCCGGAGCAGGUGAAGUUGAUGAGGACGCAGGAUAUUAAAUACGUAGAAAUGAAAAGAGUGGCAGAAGCCAAGAAAAUCGAGCGGCUGAAGGCAGAGCUCCACCUGCUGGACGCGGCGGGAAGCGCCCCGGCCCGGCACCUCUUCUUCGUGGACACUGAGCGCGAAGUUCAGGAGUUUGAUAUUGCCACUCAGCUGGACACCGUUCCCGAACUCGUAGACAGAGUGUACAACCGACCGACCAUUGCAACGCUGCAGAGAGAGACACUAAAGGGAGCUACUGAUCCUGCCCACCUAAAGAAAUUAGCCCAGCAGAGGAAGAACCAGUAUGACCUCCUGAGGCAGCGCAUCGAGAGAGAGAAGGCCAUGUUUGUCAUCACACAGAAAAUCCAGACACGGAAAGAUCUCCUGGACAAAACUCAUAAAGUAAAGGUGAAAAAAGAAACAACAACUGGUCCAGCUAUUUACAAAUUCAAGUUUCAGCGGAAGCGUUAGCCAUUCCAUUGAAUAAUUGUUACAGUCUUUGCUCAGAAAGGAGGAGGCUUCUCCCUUGCAGGAGGGCUGGUGCCAGCCUGCUUUUCCCUGCAGCCCAGCAGUUUGUUCAAACAAAUUACUGUGGGCCUGUGGUAGCCAUAAUGUGUUAUAUCUAACUGAUUAAUAAAUCAGUUCUCUUGGUAUUUA